ACACCGUCAUACCAUGUAGAAAACAGCGCUUAUAAGCAUAUUGAAAAAUGGUGUCGCCGGUUUUGAGGUUAUGUAUGAGAUAUCGUGUUACAGGGUUAAGCAGUGGUACUGGUCAAAAGUCACCCGCUCUUUUCCAUAAAUUUAUAACUAAACGAUAUGUUGAAUUUAAUUUUUCCCCAGAAAAACCAUGUGAAGGAAAAGGUGAAACCAGUCGGAUGAAUCUGUGCCAGGCUAUUAACAGUGCAUUACAUACAACUUUAGUAAAUGAUCCCACAGCAGUUGUCUUUGGAGAAGAUGUGGCAUUUGGUGGGGUUUUUCGUUGCACUCUAGACCUUCAAAAAAGAUUUGGUAAGGACAGAGUGUUCAAUUCACCAUUAUGUGAGCAAGGAAUCGUAGGAUUUGGGAUUGGCUGUGCUGUUGCAGGGACAACAGCAGUUGCAGAAGUCCAAUUUGCUGAUUAUAUCUUCCCAGCAUUUGAUCAGCUUGUGAAUGAAGCUGCUAAAUACAGAUACCGAAGUGGGAACCAGUUUGACUGCGGCAAGUUGACUGUUCGGGCAGCUUGGGGUGCUGUGGGCCAUGGCUCUCUAUACCAUUCCCAGAGCCCUGAAAGCUUUUUUGCACAUGCAGCAGGUUUGAAGAUCGUAAUUCCAAGGGGCCCGAUUAAGGCAAAGGGUCUGCUGCUGGCCUGCAUCCAGGACAAGGAUCCCUGCAUCUUCUUUGAGCCCAAAGUGCUCUAUCGAGCUGCUGUGGAAGAUGUCCCAGUCAAGGAGUAUACACUGCCGCUGGGGAAAGCAGAUGUCUUGGUUGAAGGUGAUGCCGUGACUCUCAUUGGCUGGGGAACUGAGGUGCACAUAUUGAAGGAGGUUGCAGACAUGGCUAAGGAACAGUUGAAGGUUCAGUGUGAGGUUAUUGAUCUGGUCACAAUUAACCCAUGGGAUGUGGAGACAGUCUGCAAUUCAGUGAAGAAAACUGGACGUGUCAUCGUAGCACAUGAAGCUCCACUGACAGGUGGCUUCGCAUCAGAAAUAACAGCUGUAAUUCAGGAGGAAUGCUUCUUGCAUUUGGAAGCACCUGUACAACGAGUGACUGGAUUCGAUACCCCAUUUCCACAUGUUUUUGAACCAUUCUACCUUCCAGACAAAUGGCGGUGUUUUGAUGCUGUAAAGAAAACACUGACCUACUGAAUGUAUAAGUUUCUGUACAUUUUACGAGGAUUUUUAGGGGUCAUGUGGUUCAUUAUUGGGCACUGAAUUGCAGAAAAUCUUACAAGGUCUGAAUCUGUAAGCAGUCUACCUUAUAAGUGACAACUGAAACUACAUCAGAACUGUAACUCACUUUUUUAUAAAAUGCAUAUUUAAGUUAUAUUUUCUGAGGAAAACUUACUGAGGCCUGCCAUUAGAUGAAUGUGUAUUGACAUUCCCAAGAGUAAUGCUUGAUUCAAGAUAGCACAGAAAUGCAUCUCUGAUAUCAAGGAAAAGUUAUGAAAUUACUAUAAUUGGAGUUGCAAAGAACAUGUUGGUACAUCUGCAGAUGGAGGUGCAGAUUUUGCAGGUAUGGGUGCCUUGGGAUAGGGUCAAGAAAAUAUUAGGCAUAAACUUGUUAAAAUUACUGAUAAAACUUCCCCCCCAUAAAAUGUUGGUAGUCUGAAUAGGUAUUUGGAAUCUUAUAUGCCAUUUGAGGUUCUCACAGAUGUGAACGUGACAUGGUAUAGUGUGACAGAUACCAGUGUUCUAGAGCAAACAUCUGCAGAACAGAAGUGAAGCAAACGUGUGUUACUUCUUCUGCCCCUAGCAUAGAGGCAGCAGCUACCAGACUACACGGUGUCAUGACCAAUAAAGAGAAAUCUCCCCAGUUCUCAGUGCAGAUUUCCCUCCUAUGAGAAAAACUUAAAAGUGGCUCUGAAAAGUGCGAAAUUUCUCUCAAAAACAGGAUUUGGUUCCCUAAAAAGGGCCAUCGUUACUAACUGUUCUGUUUCACGCCUGUGGCAAUAAAGCAGUGUGCCCUCUACAAGGCCAUUUUGUGUCCAUUUUCUCUCAUUUGCUUGGAUCAGGUUUCUCUUGUCAUCUGUUAUGCUUGUAACUUGCCUGUAUAAGCAAGCCUGUUCCUAAACCUACACACUUCAACCCUGAAGGUGAAAGCAACAUAUCCUCUGAAAUGUCAGUGCCCUCCCACAAAUCUAUGCAGUGUCACAACCAAGAAGACCACAGUCUUAAUAAUCACUCCCAUGAAAACCUCAGAACCAAUAAUAUUCCCAAUAUUUUUUAUCUUGUUUCAAGCUACAAUGGUGUCACUCAUAAAAUCUUUCAGUUGUAUAUUUAUGCAUCAUGUUCAGAUUAAUUUAAUGAGAAUGCUUCCCUCCCAGUACAGUCAAACAGUCCAGCUCUAAGAGUGUACUGUUCAUUCCUCCAAUCAAUUUCAUUCUUGUCGCAUACGUUAGACACAAACCUGUUCCUGGUGAAGAA